AUGCUCAUAAAUUCUCUGCUAAUCUUCGCCACUUGCUUGCCGCUCGUAUGGCCGAGUAAACGAGAAAGUGACUUAUAUAGAGCUCUACAAGCCAAGUACAACCCAUUGGUGCGACCGGUGCGCGAUCCCGAACGAGCAUUGAAUGUUUCGAUGAAAGUUUUCUUGCAGCAAAUUAUCGAUGUGAACGAAAAGGAUCAAAUCAUCGAAGUGAACGCGUGGCUGCAAUUCAAAUGGAAAGAUUACCGACUACGCUGGAGUCCAUCACGAUUCGAAAACAUUACUUCCGUGCGAUUUGCUACAUCUGAAGAUGGAGGACCAUUGUGGAGACCGGAUGUGUUACUGUACAACAGCGCCGACGAGCAAUUCGAUUCGAUGUUCAAAAGCAAUAUGGUUGUCUCGAACACUGGCGAGAUUCAAUGGGUACCGCCUGGGGUUUUCAAAGUGACUUGCAAGAUUGACAUCACUUGGUUUCCAUUCGAUUCGCAGACGUGUUUCAUGAAAUUCGGCUCAUGGUCUUAUCACGGCAAAGCGAUUGAUUUAUUAAUCGAUACUGAGGAAUCUGGUGAAUCAAUGGACCUUUCAACUUACGUGAGCAACGGGGAAUGGCUUCUUGUUGAUGCCCCGGCGAUUCGUGAGACGAAAUAUUACGCUUGUUGCGAAGAGCCGUAUCCAACAAUCAAAUUUUACAUCUAUAUUAAGCGUCGAACUCUCUUCUACGCAUUCAACUUGAUCAUCCCAUCUUUAUUGAUUUCAAUCAUGACUCUGAUGUGUUUCUGUCUUCCGGCUCACGAUAUGGCUGAGAAAAUUGGAUACCAAACCACAAUCCUCCUAUCCGUUUGUUUCUUCUUGACGGUUCUUUCCGAAAUGACACCGAACACGUCAGAGGCUUUACCGCUUAUUGGCAUUUUCUUCUCAACCGUCACUCUGAUCUUAUCCUGUUCCACCGCUUUUACAAUCACCGUUUUGUCACUACGAUAUCGACAACCAGCAAAUCAUCGAAUGACGAAAGGGAUGCGAUUCUUUUUUACCCAAUGGCUUCCAUGGUUGUUGAUGAUGAGACGACCUGGGCAUCGUUUUCAGAAAGGACGAGCAAAAGUGGUUGAAGAGGAAAAGGAGGAAACAAAACAGGAUAUUGUGGAACCCAAAUCGAAUCGAGUCUCAUUGCAAGUUGAUGAGGAGCAUUUGGAAGUGGCGAGAGUGAGAAGAUCGGAGACACUUCUUGAUGUGUUAUGUGAUGUGCCGAAAGAGCAAUUGUUGUUGGAGCGAAAGGUAGGCGAAGGUCUGUUCGCCGCAAAUCGUCAACAAUCGAUCGAGUCCCGGCGGAGCAAUCAAAUGGAAAAGUAUAUCAAGCGAUGCAUUGAGACAACCGUAGAUCAAGGCUGUGAAGAGAAUGACUACACGAUUCGAGUCUUCGAGUACUUUCAGGCGAUUCACUCGCAAUUAAAGCUCAUUCGAGAGGAGAUUGAUAAGAAAAAUGCUUUGCAAGAUACAUUGGAAGAAUGGAAAUUCGCGGCGAUGUGUCUUGACCGACUUUGCCUUAUUGUUUUCUCCGCUUUCCUCUCCACCUCAAUUUUUAUCAUUUUCUAUUCAGCUCCAUAUUUGAAUGCU